GCACCAACCAAAAGUACAAAAAACCCCAAUAUUAUCAUCAAUGUCUUUAGCUCAUCGACCUCGUGUUAUUGUUAAUGGCGUCCAAAGAAUGAGAACCUUCCAUUACUUCAGGUGCCAAAACUGCCGACGAACCAUUCGUUUCUCCUCAAAUACAAACCCCUUUGAACUCUUUUGUCCCCAUUGCUCUCAUGAACUUCUCCAUGAACUCGACCUUUCCCGGCCACGCCUCUUCUCUCCCAUUUUCCCCGGCCAUGUUGCGCCCUCACCCUCGUCGCGCUUACUAGACUCUUUGGCUCUCACCCUCGACCCAACAACACAACAUCAACGAAACCCAAACAUCCAAAGAAGAAGCACUCGAUGGGUACUCGAAUUCGAUCAUUCAAACAACCGCAACAACGAACGCGACGUCCAGUCGUGGAUAUCUCUCCAUUUUGAUGACCCAAGUCGCCCGCCAAGAUCUGUCACAAUGCCAGAACUUGAAAUUGAGCCUCCAGUUAAUAAUAAUAAUGAUAACAUUAAUUAUGCCGACGUAGAGAUGGACUCAAUGCAAAACAUCAUUGAGGAAAUGACUCAAAACGAUCGACCUGGACAUCCUCCGGCAGUGACUGCAGUAAUCGACGCAUUACCGAGAGUGAGAAUCUCGGAGGAUGAUUUGAUGCAAAUGUGUCCAGUUUGCAAAGAAGAAUUCGAAGUUGAAGGCGAAGCGAGACUGCUGCCAUGCCAACAUUUAUAUCAUUCUGAAUGCAUAAUCCCGUGGCUGAGGCUUCACAAUACGUGUCCUGUGUGUCGCCAGGAGGUGAGAGAUGGCAAUGAAAAUGAUGAUCAGAAUGAUAAUGAAAAUGAGAGAAAUGACAAUAGGUACAAUUUUGAAGAAGAGCUAGCGAAUAAUAUAGAUUGGCUAUGGAGUCAGGUGAUCUGUUUAAGACCAGUGCGUGCGUUAUCAGAAUGGAGUCAAAGGUUCUUCGAUUUUAUAGACAGCCGAGCGACAGCGGCUCGUGGAGGUCAGAUCUUAUUCUCUCUAAAUUUCAUCUUAUUUUAAGAAUUUCAAUGGAUUCAUUGAUGAUUAAAUUAGGUCAUUAUAUAUCUCUUCUUGGCAGUAGAUACUUAAAAGUCA